GUGUGUGUGUGAAAGAGAGAGAGAGAGACUCACUAAGCAACGACCUGCAAACGGGCAUCCGAGCCAGUCCGAGCAAAAAACAGGAACCACAUUAUUUUCGAGUGUCUUUGCAAUGUUCCCGACAACACUUCUACGCCGUUUGCUUUGAUCUCAUCGAAGUUACAGUCUCUCCAGACGUCGGCUACAGAAACCAAACAAGAAAUUAAUGCAUCUUGCUCCGCGUUCCUGUUUGUUUUGACCUGUGUAGCUAGGGAAUCCUGCAAGAGGGAUUAGCGGUCCGUCAAUGAGGAACUACCGGCUCAUCUUCUGCCACAACCUGAAGCAGCCAUAGAUGGUUCAGUGGUUCACUGGUCAGGGGAGGAGAGGAUAACACUUUCACUGCUACACGACGUGAGGUCUUGGCGGGGUUGUGGAGAGGAGGAGGAGGCCAUGAGGAAGAGCGUGUCCCCGUUGCCAGGCGAUGAGGGCGGGAGCUCAGCCAGCACUACACGGGUUUUUGGCGUUCCAUUGGAGGAGGUGACACGCACACACACAAUCAGUGGCCACGAGGUUCCUGCACUGGUGAAACACAUCGUUGACUACAUUGAGGAGCAUGGUCAUCUGGACCUUGAGGGGCUCUUCCUGGUUAAUGGCAACGCAGAGCGUGUGGAUUGGUUGCGCCAGCGUUAUGACAGUGGUGAGGAGGUGGAGCUAGAGAAGGAGGCAGACCUGGCAUCAGCAGUCAGUUUGCUCCGACUCUUCCUGCAGGAGCUUCCUGAGCCUGUUAUCCCAACGUCGAUACAGGGACACAUACUACAGCUACACCAAGAUUACAGCAAUGAAGAAGAGUUGUGUAGAAACUUGAAGUACCUGCUGCAGCAGCUUCCCCUACUGAACUACGGCCUGCUGCGUUUCCUGUGUCGCUUCCUGGCCAGCGUGGCAUCACUUCAGCAGGAGAGCUGGAACAUCGGGACCCUGGCUGCCGUCUUUGGGCCAGACAUCUUCCAUCUAUCAACAGAAGGAGAGGACCUUCGAGACCAGGAAACUGUCAGCAGAGUCCUGGCAGAGCUGUUGGACAACCAGGAGGGCCUGUUUGACUCGGAGGACGAUGACGUCUCCACCACCAAUGACUACAGCUCUAUAAAUGAACAGAUCACAGAGCUGUUGGAUGAUGAGAGGUGUGAGGCAGAAUGUGAAGAGCUGCCUCAGGAUGGGGAGGAGGGUCCUGCCUCCUCUGACUCACCACAACACACACACACUGAUGACAGCCCCACAGCCAGCUCCCACCUCUCCCCUAUAUCCAUCCUGCCUGCUGACUCUGCUGAGAUAAUUCACCGAACCAUCAGAGCUGCAGUGGAGCACCACUUCUUUGAGCUGAAAACCUCCAUUGACCAAGACCUCAGCAACUACGACAGCCAGGGGGUGUGUCCCAAUGAGCCUGUAAACCAGGGUUGCUGUGGAGAUGAGGAGCAACAGACUGACCCUGAGGACAGUCCCUGCGACACAGAAGGGGAGACCCCACUCACACAGACCGAGCAGCACAUACAACAAAGCCAGAAAGACACGCAGGAUUCGCUGGACUCUGGCGCCACCCUGGAGGAGAGCUUGGGAAUGGACCUGGAUGCAGAGGCUGUCAGAGAUGCUGAAAACAACAUCAACACUGCGAGGCAGGACAAUGAACCCUGUGACACCAUGGAGCAGGCUCAGACUGACACCAUAAGCUGUGACUCUGUUUCAUGCCGCUGUGAUCAGAACGCCAACACCAGUCAGACCAACCGGAACCACCUGUCGCCAUGCCAACCAAACUCUGGCCACAACCCCCACCUCCAGCUCUUUCCUGACAACCAAUGGGAAGCGUCACCCCCCUCCCAUCUCCACUUCCCUCCCAUAGACUUCUCAUGUAUGCACCUGCAAAAAGAUGGCCAUGACCCCGUCCCAGCUUUCAAAUCCUGGCAGGACGACAGCGAGAGUGGAGAGGCACAGCUCUCCCCACUGGCCGGUCGUAUGGUUCCUCUCCCCCUGCUGCCCCUGGAGGAGGACGGCGAGGAGGACGAGGGGGGGGGAGGGCAGGACGCCUCCCCCUCCUCUUCCCACUCCCACCCUCACCUCCUGGCACGACGCUUCCUUGACUUCGGAGCGCACGGUGCUCAGCGCUUCCUCCAGCAGGACCUGGACGCCACCUCGCCCACCAAAGCACAGAGUUCACUCAUACCUGUGUAUCCUGCCAUCCCCAGGCCGCGCAGAGCAUCGUUUGGCUCCAAAGAGGCGAUGAGAAGUGGAGAUUCAGUGACCCACCAGCUCACAAAAAAGCUUCAGCACCUGAAGAAGAAAAUUAAACAGUUUGAAGAGCAGUUUGAGAAGGAGAGGAACUACAAGCCCUCUCAUGGAGACAAGGCAGCUAACCCCAAAGUCCUCAAAUGGAUGACCGACCUCACCAAGAUCCGCAGGCAGAUUAAAGGACGCCAGCACCACCUUUUACCCAGAAGCACGCUGAGGCACCAGGCUUUGCUGCAUUCAUACAGACGCCACCAUGCUCCCUCCUUCCCUUCCCCCUCCUCCUCCUCCUCUAUCUGCUCACCUCCCCAUCACACACUCACCCCCCCACUCCACCCCUACUCAGGCCUGAGUUCUAGACCGUAUCACCUCAAUGCCAAACACCGUGCAGAGAGCGAGCUCGGCCCCCAGACUCGUCCUCGGAGCAACACCUUGCCCAAGAGCUUUGGCUCCACGCUGGACCAAGGAGCUUAUGACACAGCAGGGGAGGUCAAGGAUCAGCAUCCCACCAGGGAGGAAACACUGGAGCUGAUCCAGCGCAGGGUCAAAGGGAAGAGGCAGGAGGAUGGCUGGCCUGAUGACAUCAAGAAGAUGACUAAGGAGCAAUUGUCCUGUGAGAAGACGGUCCUUCAGAAGAACCUUCUGCACUAUGAGGGCCUGCAUGGUCGACCAGUGACCAGAGAGGAGCGUCUGGUGGUGAAGCCUCUCUACGAUCGCUACAGAUUGGUCAAACAGAUGCUCACCAGAGUCAGCAUCACACCUGUCACAGUGUCCCCUUCCAGUAAGAGGCGAAGUCAGACCCUCCAGCCAAUCAUUGAGGGUGAAACCGCCCAUUUCUGGGAGGAGAUCAAAGAGGAGGAGGAGGACGAGCAGAAAGAAGGAGAAGAAGAAGAAGAGAGGGAAGGGGAGAGGGAUGAGGAAGAAGAGGAGGAGGAGGAAGAGGAGGAGGGAGAGAGCAGCGGUGGGGAGAUGCAGAGCUCUGAGGUCAUCAUGGCCGUCGACCUUGUGACCCAGACUGACGGACCAGUGAGGAGCCAGAACCAACCUGACAGAAUGAGCGAGUGUCCAAUGAGAGACGAGCUGGAGGAGGGGUCGGGGAAGCUGGCGAUGGACCUGCGGCUGUCCAGCUCUAACGCCUCGUCUAUGCCAGAGCUGCUGGAACAACUGUGGAAGGCCAGAGCAGAGAAGAAGAAACUGAGGAAGACCAUCCGAGCGUUUGAGGAGGAUUUUUAUCAGCAUAAUGGAAGAAAUGUUCAGAAGGAGGACCGAGUGCCAAAGCUGGAGGAGUACAGGGAGUACAAGAGGAUCAAGGCCAAACUCCGCCUCCUGGAGGUUCUCAUCAGCAAACAGGAUUCCUCCAAAUCCAUCUAGACCCGCCCUCCUCAGAUAUCCGCUAUCACCGCACACAUCGGCUCUCAUCACUGCUGCAAGGACCCGCCCAGGAUGCCUGUCAGACAUCAUCCCACCUGGGAAGGUUUAACAAGACACUCCAGCCAACAACAGUAACCACAUCACAUGACUUCCCAGGAAGUCUAGACUCUCAGUCAGACUUCAUGACCACCACUUGGUGUGCUGCAUUUAUGUCACGGAGGGAAACUAAAUUAGAGUGACUUGCUGGUUCAGAGUUACAGUAACAUUUUGGCGCAUUCAUGAGGUUAAAGUCAAUAUGUCAUGAUGUAAAUAGUGUAGUUACAGACCUUCACCAGUGCAGGAACAUUUCCAGUAACCUUUUUGAGAGACUUAACCUGCAUUUUAACUACAGCAACCAAAGUAAAGUUUUGGUUCUUGGAUCUGAGUUUGUGUGGUAGUACUUUCCAAAGCCAUAGAAACUAUUAUAACUAGCACUGACUGGUCAUACACAACCCUCAAGGCUGCAGCUCUGUGCCCGGCUUUUAUUCAGACUGCAAAUAAACACUGGUUGUUUGUAGUAUCAGUAUUAGUUAGGAUUUGGGAUGGGACCAGUAAAAAAAAAAAAAAAAAAAUCAUAAUUAAAAAGAGUAGUAAAUUAAAAUAGCAACAUGAUCAUUGUGUUGCCUCAUGGCAUACAAGAAAUUACAUCUCAAAUGGUUUUUAAUACUUAAAAUCGGUCUAAUUUGCCAAAUCUUUGCAAGUCUCGUGGCGAAAAAGUAAAGACGAAUGUGCUAAAAGAACUUUUAGCUGCUUUUUUUGUUGUUGUUGUUCUGACAGUUCGAUCCAGGGACUGUUUUGCUGAAAAUCCCCAUUAAUGAGUGAUAUGCAUUGAAAAUCUUUGCGCAAAUUUUAAGCAUUUUGAUCACAAAAAUCACUUAAAUCAUUACAUUUGUUUGAUAAAUACAUUAUCUACAGAUAUUUUCUUUGUUGUUGAUUUCAGAAUUCAGUAAUGUGGACAUUACAGUCUGAGAUUAAUUAACCACUUUAAAAGGUGAUGCAAGACGUGCAUUUUUACUGCUAUUUUCCCAUGACAUGAAUGCAGCAUCACCACCCGUUAAACUUAAAAAUCACUCCUGUCAGCCACAACCGAUCUCUGCUGCCUCGUCUGACUGCGUAUCAUUUAAAAAACAUGGAGAAAAAGGAAUCCUCAUCACUGUUUGUGUCCUCAUCAUCCCACUAACGUGACUCAGACUUUGCACUUGUCUUCUCGUGUCUCAUUUCCUCGUCUUCUGAGAAAAACAAACUUUCUGACUUUUUGAUUUCAGGAAGGAACUUUUGUUGAUCUUUGUUCUUCGUGUUGGUUUUUUCCUUCAUGCCGAGGGAUCUUAUCGGACAGCUCGAGGACUGGCAUUUUAGACACUCUCCACUCGUUCUUUCUUUGGGACGUCGCACUGUGUGAAAAGUCCCUCUAUCGCCUUGCUUCAAGGAGUCAAGAUUUCUUAAAGCGGCCUCCUCGGCGCGAGGCGAUUGGUUAUUUUAUUCUGUCUGUAAAACUCCAUUGAACAUCCUGGAUGUUUCACCUUCUGACUGAUUUUUUUAAAAUGUAUUCAAAAAUUUAAAAACAAGUUUGUGUGUAUUGUUAAAAAAGAAAAAGUAUAUACACGUGUUUGUGAGACACUGCUGUUCACGUUUUUCUUGAAUGAAAAAUGAUAUUUGUUGUAUUCCAAGGGAAAAUGAAAAAAAAAAAAUUGUAUUAACUCCCAUUGUGACCUUGGAGCUGUUGUGAAAGACUGAUUCUGAUUUUCUUUUAAUUCUGUUCUUAAGCAUUUUUUUAUUUUGGCAAUAUUUGUCAGAUGUACACUAGGUUGGCAUUCAGUGGUGUUAGUUGUAUUUCUCCUUCGCAAAAUAACUCUGAACUUAGUUUCCCAUGUGCCUCUUGCAGAAAAACGCUGCUUUUAAAAAAACUUAAAAAAAAUAAUAAAUAAAUCGCCGUAAGCUCAGACGUCAGUUUUGACGCCAUGUGUCGUGAUUUUGAUAUUUCUGACAGCCCUUAAAGGCAGCAUUAGACUGAAGAUGCUCGUAGGAAAACAGUCCUGCUCAGAUUAGGAGAUUUUAUGAUGUAGAUGGUUGUUGCAGAAAUCAUCUGCAAAAUUCUGCACUAGAUGUCUGUCGGCUUUUUUUCUUUGUUCUUCACUUGUUCAGUUUGCUGCAUGGAGGUGUGGCAGGUUCUGAGGGAUUAUAGGUGAUAUAAGCGGAGGAGAGGAGCCAGUAUCUGUCUGCGUGUUAGCUACAGGCAGUGGUAGUCUGAACGAGUUUGAUACCAGCACAGUUAGUUUCCUUAAUGUCAGCGGCGACACAGUCAGCAGUUGCUGUGCGACUGAACAACUGAUUUAUCUCUGGUGGUCCUUGGUUGCAGUUUAAUUGUAGCUUUAUUGAUGAGGUGCCAACUCCGUCUGUGGUUAACUGCUAUUUUUACCCAACUGGUGAGUCAGUGCCGAGGGUCGGAUUAGUAUGUAGCAUGAUUUACAGCCAACACAAAAACAAUCCUCGGCUGUGUUUCUCUUUGUUUGCCUCUGCAGUCCCAGUGAAGUUUCAUUUCCUGCUGGCAGGUAAAAUGGGGGCAGAUGAGGAGAGAGUUGAUGCAUGCCAACAAGCUUGUCCUCUUCAUUUUUCGUAGAGGCCACGUUGUCUUGUAUCAGACAGGAGUCAACAUGUCACAGUGUGAUUUGAAAUGUGGGACGAAGAAACCGGCUUUUUUGGCAGGUGAAGUUCUAUUAUCAGAACCUCUUUGGCUCGUAAAGCGGCUCGUUACUUGUGAGACAUUUAAGGCAGAUAAGACAAAGUAGUACUUUUUGUCGCUGAACAGAUGUAAAAUUUACCUGCCAGAAUCAAAGUUGACUGCAGUUUUUUGUCUGUCAGUGGACGGCAGAUGUGAUGGUUUGGAAUCUAAGUUUUGAAUGAGUGAUGUGUGUUUGUCAGGACAGUAAAGCUUGGAGGUUUGAUGUAAAAAGAUGUUAUUUGCACAGCAUUCACAGAAUGCAGCCCUUUUGUGUUUUUUCAUUUGUAUUUCUAAAAAUGAAGCACUACUUCUAUACAAAUAUAAAUAUAUACUGUACAUUAAAAAAAAGUUUAAAAAAAACCUGAAGGAAUGAAUGUCAGAAAUGUUUAAAUUAUUAUUUGGCCCCCUUUGGUUCAUUAUAUUUGUGAUGCCCUAAGAAUGUGUGGUUUUUUUUUAUUAUUAUAAAUAUUGCUAUUACUAUCAUAACCAUUAUUUUGUGUGAUAAUGACAAUAAUAAUAAUAAUAAUCAUCCUUUUUACUUAAACUGUAAAACCAGCUGUAGAAGUUAGUCUGGUACUGUGUGGCUAAUAGAACAAUGAACCUGCUCUGAUUUCUUUUGUCGCGCUGUGUAAUAUAAGCUAAUAUAGAAGCAGUACUGUAGUGCGCUUGCAUGGCAAAAAAAAAAACAUAAUAGUAAUGAAUAACAUGAUGUAUUAUUUCUAUUAUUUGUGCCAUGAAGAAGCAGCAAUAACAAAAAGUUUGCGUGAAGGUUUUACAGUAUCAGGUCAUCUGUAGUGAUGGGUGAGAUCGACUUGUGUGUGAAUAUUUGAGGUACAAAAUUUGUUUAGUGUUUUUCAGUCUAGUCUAAUUGUUUUCAGCCUGACACACACAUUGUCUCUCACACACUCUGCUUAGACGGUGUGUUUUUACCACUGUUGUCAGCAUAAUGUUCAUGUUGGCGCUGCUGAAAAACCAAAAUAAGAAUAAAAUUAAAACGAUUAAAAGAUUAACAGGGAUUGAAAUGACAGAUGUGUCAUCUGAAAACAUUCCAGUUUUUUAUCAUCAUUCAAAAAGUGGAAACAAUCCAUCGUCAAUGUCUGAAGGGCUUUUCUUUGAGAGUUUCUUAAAAAAAAUCUACUUUGAUUUUCAUUGUGCCUGCAACAGAGUGGUAAAAUUCACACGUGGUUCAUACGUUGUAAACUGUAAACGUAUUCUGUCUCUGUCAGUGUGCAGUAUGUUUCAUCCCACACUCGCCCAUCCAACAUGCAUGGCUGUUUCACACACCUGGAAUUCACAGCAGAAGUCUCUGUCAAAGAUGUCUCGCAGGCCACCGCUCCUCCUGGAAAUGUUGAAGAAAUUAUCAGUUUUUUGGUCACAACGGCGACAGACAAGACAAAAUAUACAUUUUACAAGUCUGUAAAGGGAUUUUUGAGCAAAAUUUAAAGGACAAAUGCUCGUGUUGCUUACAGGUGUGAUCAAGAAAGUUAGAAAUCAGAUACUUUGUGACAUCUCUGAUACUGAAUUUUGCUAGAAAUUCCUUUGACCAGAGGUUUAUUUGCUUCCUCCAGGUCGUCUACACACGUGAUACUGUGUUUUAUCACAUCAAUAUACUGUAUGUACGUAUGUAUCUAUAAAUGUUUUCUUACUUUGUGAAUGCUUUUUUUCUGUUGUUUCUUCAUUAACAAAAUGGAUGAGAAAAUACAAUCAGUAACAAACAUUUACACAUGAAAAUAAAAUUUACAAGCUUGCCACAUCA